GGCACAGGUACGGCAGCGUAUUAUGCAGCGUUAGCAAUCCGAGCACGUGAUGCCGACGCUAAAGUUUUGAUGAUCGGUGACGAAACUCAACUUCCAUAUAAUCGACCACCUCUUUCCAAAGAACUCUGGUGGUAUGGUGAUGAUAAGAUGAGUGAAACGUUGGAAUAUAAAGGAUUGAGUGGUAAGAAGAAGGAUGUUUAUUAUGAAUCACCAGGCUUUUAUGUGCCAUCGAAUGAGAUCAGUAAAGCCGAGCAUGGCGGUGUUUCGUUGGUAUUAGGACAUCGGGUGGUUAAAUUAGACCCGAUCGCGCAUUUCGCUUAUUUGGAUGAUGGUCGCAAAAUCAAGUAUGGCAAAUGUCUUAUUGCAACUGGUGGUUCUCCUCGUAAUUUACCAGUAUUCGAAAGCGCUGACGAAAAAGUGAAGAGUAAAGUCACACUCUUCCGAACGAUUGAUGAUUUCCGUAAAUUGGAUGAGAUAGCAAAGAAAAGUCAUUCGAUAACCGUGGUUGGCGGAGGUUUUUUGGGAUCGGAAUUGGCGUACUCUUUGAAUAAGCGAUAUGCGAACGAUAAAGUGAAGAUCAGUCAGGUAUUCCCCGAGAAAGGUAACGUAGCGGAGGUAUUACCUGAAUUCUUGAGUGAAUACACGUCGAAGGAACUAAAGAAAUAUGGAGUUAAUGUUAUUACGGAAGCUGAGAUCACGGAUGCAACGGUUGAUGAUCACGGAUGCUUGAAGAUGACAUUGACGAAUGGAGAGGUUUUGCAUACUGACCAUGUGGUGGUAGCCGUGGGAAUAACUCCAAAUACAGAUCUUGCCAAAACCUCAGGUCUUGAAGUAGACAAGAAAAAUGGUGGAUUCAUCGUGGAUGCCGAACUGAGAGCUCGUUCGGAUAUUUGGGUGGCUGGUGAUGCGAGUAGUUUUUACGAUGUGAAGUUGGGUAGAAGACGGGUGGAACAUUGGGAACAUGCUCAGGUCACUGGAAGAUUGGCUGGCGAGAAUAUGACUAAUGCUGGUAAGCCGUAUUGGCAUCAGUCAUCAUAUUAUUCCAUCAUCGCGCCAAAUACCCAUUUCCAAGCUGUCGGUCGUGCAGAUUCCUCGCUACCAACUGUUUCGGUGUUUGCCGCUUCGAAGGAUGAGUCGGAUGAAUUGUCCAAAGGAGUAAUCUUCUAUAUGGAUGGGAAGCAAGUGGUUGGUAUGGUGUUAUUUAAUGUAUUCGGUAGUGGUAUUGACGUUGCGAGAAGAAUUAUUUCUGAUGGAAAGGAACACGAUGAUUUGAAAGAGGUGGCAAAAUUAUUUGAAUUACAUCCGAGUGAAGAAGACGAUCAGAACGAUACGAAGGACAAGUAA